AUGUCGCUGCUGCAGAGCUCGAAGAAAAAAGACAAGCGUAUUUUGUCUGGUACCUGCCCAGACCCGAAAUGUCAGGCGAGGCUGUUCUUCCCCGCUUACGGCUCCGUUAGCAUCGAGUGCACAGAGUGUGGUCAGCGCCACGAACAGAAGAACCUGUUAAAUGUCGAGGAAGUGACUGAUCCAGAUGUUGUGCUCCACAAUCUGCUCAGAAACGCCCUGCUCGGCGUCACCGGGGCCCCGAAGAAAGGCACGGAGCUGGUGAAAGUAAUGGGGCUCUCUAAUUACCACUGCAAGCUCCUGUCCCCGGUGCUCACCAGGUACGGGAUGGAUAAACAAACCGGCAAAGCCAAGCUGCUGAGGGACAUGAACCAAGGGGAGAUGUUUGACUGCUCGCUCCUGGGGGACAGGGCUUUUCUCAUCGAGCUGGACCAUGUUUCCACCAUGGGCUACGGCAAGGACAGGUCAGGGAGCCUCAUAUACCUCCACGACACCCUGGAGGAGAUCAAGAAAGCCAACGGCAACAGGGAGUGCCUCAUCCCGGUCCACGUAGAUGGAGACGGGCACUGCCUGGUGCACGCUGUGUCCAGGGCGCUGGUGGGCAGAGAACUGUUCUGGCACGCCCUGAGAGAAAACCUGAAACAGAACUUUAAGCAGAACCUGGACCGCUAUAAGGCUCUCUUUCAGGAUUUUAUCGAUGCUGCAGAGUGGGAGGACAUCAUCAAUGAGUGCGACCCCCUCUUCAUCCCGCCCGAAGGCGUGCCGCUCGGACUACGCAACAUCCAUAUAUUCGGCUUAGCCAACGUUCUGCACCGGCCCAUAAUCCUGCUGGACUCCCUGAGUGGGAUGAGGAGCUCUGGCGAUUAUUCGGCCACCUUCCUGCCGGGGCUGGUGCCCGAGGAGCAGUGCAGCGGGAAAGACGGGAAGCUCAACAAACCCAUCUGCAUCGCCUGGAGCAGCUCCGGCCGGAACCACUACAUCCCCCUGGUGGGAAUCAAGAACACUGUGCUGCCCAAGCUGCCGGCCCGCCUGCUGCCCAAGGCGUGGGGCGUUCCUCAGGAGCUCAUCAGGAAGUACAUCAAGCUGGAACAAGACGGGAGCUGCGUGAUCGGCGGCGACCGCAGCUUGCAGGAUAAAUACCUGAUGCGGCUGGUGAACGCCAUGGAGGAGGUGUUCAUGGAAAAGCACAGCAUCCACCCGUCGCUGGUGGCUGACGUGCACCAGUAUGUCUACAGACGGACCGGCGUGAUCGGCAUCCAGCCUGAGGAGGUGACGGAGGCGGCUAAGAAGUCGGUGAUGGAGAACCGGCUGCACCGCUGCCUCAUCUGCGGCGCCCUCUCUGAGCUCCACGUCCCGCCGGAGUGGCUGGUUCCUGGUGGGAAGCUCUACAACUUGGCCAAGUCCACUCACGGCCAGCUGCGGCAGGACAAGAACUACAGCUUCCCCCUCAACAACGUGGUCUGCUCUUAUGACCCCCAGAGGGACGUCCUCACACCAGAUUAUAAACUGAGCUCCCUCAACACCUGCAACUGGUGUCAUGGCACGUCGGUGCGCCACAUCCACGGCAACGGGUCCGUGGUGUACCUGGACGGGGACAGAACCAACACCCAGUCCCAGGGAGGGAAAUGUGGGUGUGGCUUCAAGCAUUUCUGGGAUGGGAAGGAGUAUGACAACCUCCCGGAGGCCUUCCCCAUCACGCUGGAGUGGGGGGGUCGGGUGGUGAGAGAGACAGUAUACUGGUUCCAGUAUGAGACGGACCCGACUUUAAACAGCAACGUGUAUGACGUGGCGAUGAAGCUGGUCACCAAGCACUUCCCGGGGGAGUUUGGCAGCGAGAUCCUGGUGCAGAAAGUAGUCAACACCAUCCUGCAUCACACCGCCAAGAAGAACCCGGACGAAUACAACCCGGUGUCCAUCGACGGGGCUCAUGUCCAGCGCCUCACCGACACCGCGGAGACUCAGCAGGUGGCGGACGCGCAGCCGCCCACUAAGAUCAUCCUGACUGGUCAGAAAGCGAAGACGCUCCACAAAGAGGAGCUGACGAUGAGCCGAGCGGAGCGCAGCAUCCAGCAGAGCAUCAGCGAGCAGGCCCUCGUCACCCAGAAGAGACGGACUGACAAGCUGAAGCAGGAGCAGCAGAAGGGCCACGGCAGGACGUCUUCCCCCGGUGGGUCCCCGGAAACCUCGUCCUCUUCGGCGCCGGUCACGCCCACCAAAUCCUCCUCCUCCCCCUCCUCGUCCAACAAGGAGAAGAAGAUCCGCGUGACCACCAGUGACGGCAGGCAGGCCAUGCUGACCCUGCAGGCCCAGACCACCUUCUCAGAGCUGCAGAGGAGCAUCGCCAACCAGUUCGGCGUGCCGCCGCCGCAGCAGUGCAUCCGCUACGGCUUCCCGCCCAAAGAGCUGGUCCCGCCGAAGGACGGCGAGGAGAACGAGCCGGUGGCGCUGCAGCACGGCGACAGGGUGACGGUGGAGAUACUGAGGGGCCCCGAGGAGAAGAGCCCCGCGGCCUCCAUACCCCGAGCCUCCAGCUCGCACUCCGCCCUGCACUCGGUGAAGAGCGAGGACGCCGUGACGUCCGGCAGGAUGAGCAACCGGGAACUCCAGGACAACAUUGACCUUGAGAUGUCCUCCCUCUGUCUCCUAGCAACCUUGAUGGGCGAGGACGUUUGGUCGUACGCAAAGAAGCUGCCGCACUUAUUCCAGCAGGGCGGCGUCUUCUACAACAUCGUCAAGAAAGACAUGGGCCUGAUGGACGGGAAGCACUGCACGCUGCCUCAUCUGACGGGGAAGACGUUUGUUUAUAACGCGGCAGAGGAGCGUCUGGAGCUCUGCGUGGACGCCGCCGGGCACUUCCCCGUCGGCCCUGAUGUGGAGGAGCUGGUGAAGGAGGCUCUGGUCCAGCUGCGCUCGGAGGCGGCCACCAGGGGCAGCAGAGAGGGGAGCCCAUCCCACGGCGUGCUGCGGCUGGGCAGCGGCGGCGUUGUCCGUAAGAAGGAGCAGCUGCAGAACGUCACCGCCUUCCAGGGUAAAGGCCACUCUCUGGGCAGCUCUGGGGGCUCCUCCCCUCCAGAACACCGGCCUAUCACGCGCCAGCACAGCAGCGGCGUGGACCUGAGCGCCAGCGUGUCCCGAGGCCCCCCAGACCUGUCUGAUAUCCCCGAGGACGCCACCAGGGAGCUGGUCCGCAUGGCUCCGGGCUUCGUCACCAUGAAGGACGGUCGUGGUCUGGACCCCAGCCUGAUGGAGCAGCAGCGGAGGAAGCUGCAGGAGAUGGUGUCGUCCAUCCAGGCCUCCAUGGAGCGCCACCUCAGAGAGCAGCAGCAGCAGAGUGCCGCCGCAGCAGGGGGCGGGGCCAGCCAGGAGCUGACAGGCGGGACGAAGACGGGCGCGGGCCAACCGACGUCUACCGUCGACCACGAACCUCCAGCUGCAGCAGGCGCCACGGCGGCCGGCAAACCGGACAGGAAGGCGGAGGAACUGGAGGAGAUGGAGAGUCAGGAUGCGGAGCAGAGCAACGCCUUCGAACCCAUGGAUCACUCCUGAUCACUCCUGACCCCCCCCCCCAGCACCGCCCCGCCCCCGACCCCGCCCCCGCCUCGCCGGCACCUUCGGGCCAUAACGCCUCAGGUCGGAUGCUAAAGCUUUGGUCUUCAUCGUGUUUCGUCGUCUUUACCGCAUGACUAAAGAGCGAGCCGAGCGUCCUCCUCACCUCUCUGCAGACUCGGGCCGGGACGAUAAUCCACGAGGCGAUAUAUUGAGACGCCCUCUGCGAUACAUCUCUCACAGUAACAUCCCACUUCUGCCGCUGCGUGUGUGUUGAAACUCUAUGCACUGUGGCACACGCUCUCUCACCUCAGCUGUCCACUCCACUCAGUAAAUAAUAAACACAACACAUGAUUGAUUCCUGCUUUUCAGAGAGAUCAUUUUGCCUUUGUAGGAAACGUUUUGCUCUUCGGUUGACGAUGUAUCGUAAACGACUGUCUCGCAAUUUAUCGCAGAGUCGGAUCGUCAGGAUUGUAUCUCUUAUCCCUGCGAUUCCCACCUGCGGACGUCUGGACUCGCACCGUAAUCCGGGGCUGUGAAAAGCGCUCGGGUUCACGCGUAGGACGCGUUCCUGUAGAUAGAAGAAGAGUCUUAAUCUGCCACCGAGAGGAGAGCUGCUGGACGCGCGGCAGCGUAAUGUCCUGCAGACAUGCUUCCUUCAAAGUGCUGCUCUGAAAAGUGCACCGGCCUCUGUUCGCAUCGACGCCUUCGUUGCCAAAACCUGCUCGUCCGCCGUCCAUCUGUCUGUCUGAGGACUGCGAGGAUCUGUGUUCGCUCGCCCGCCUGAUUUACAUUUAGCGUUCUUGUUUUCCACGACACGGUGUGGGAUUUGAUGUGAAGCACCAGAACCCAGCUUCAGACCAGCCUGCGCCACCUGCAGGAAAAGAGUGUUAACGGUUUGUUUUUUAUUUAAACCUCUGAAGUGUUAGUUUAGUUGACUGCAGUGUAACGUCGCGUAUCGGCAAGAAGUCCGUAAAGAAUAUUUGAUGUUGUUUAGAAAGCGUUUGUCCAGCAGACUGUAAAAAGUCCUGGGAAGUAGUGGCCACAACCAAAUUUAAAUUUCCUUAUGAAAAGUAUUUGAUAAUAUAUUUUAUGUAUAAAAAAAAAAAAAAAAAGAAUACUGUCUGAUAUAUAAUAUAUAUAUUUAUAUAUAUAUAUAUAUCAUGGUUUUGCUACUGACAGUAUUAAUCAGGCUGUAGCUGUAGGUUGACUUAGUUCUGUUAUUUUCAAUAUCUGAACUAUAAACUUACAGGUUGAGUGUUAAUCUGCAGAACAGAAGACUAUUUCUGCAGAUUAUUAUUACCACGAAGACACAUUUGUCUGACGGUCAAGUGCCUGAAAACGCUUCAUGUGUCGCCCACUUCACACACGUUUAGAGGGAAGUUCCACUUUGAGUGCAGGUGAGUGUGACACAUAACAAACACAAGCAAAACUUUAAAGAAACUUUUGUCGAAAACACUCGUCGCCUGCAGGUGGUCCUGCCUCUGCUCCGCCUGGGUUUCUUCCUGUAAAUUAAAAGAGUGCGUACAUUUAAACAGCUUCUCAUUUUAACGAGGGAAAACAAAUAUGACCUCGGGCGUGGAUGCACGUUUAAAGCUCUAAGCGAGCUGUUGGGAGAUGUUGAAUGCCAACACAAUAAUAAUAACGUUCGGCCUUUUGUUGAGUUUAUUUUAGAAUUUGGGAGAGAAAACUCCAGCUUUCAGGAAACAAACUAUAAGAAACUGGAGGAAAACAUUUAUUUUCUAAGCAACCAAAGCUUAAAGGUGCAAAACUGCAGGCGUGUCUGAAUCUGUUUAAGUGAAUUAAAGAAGCCAGAUCCACGAGGUGCUUCACAUCGAAAACCCAGAACACGAGUGGAUCAGUCGUUUCACUCACUCAGUGCCCAAAUAUCAAAAUGCUAAGGUUUCUUUAGUCGAGGACAACCCGUCAUUUCUUUUUUCUUCUACUUUUACUGUAAAUGCAAGCAGCUACAAAGCUUUUGAAGUCAGUGGGAGGUCGCAGGGUGAUUUAAUGAUUACGUGUGAUUUCUCUGUGGGACACGAGCUUCACCAGGUUUCUUCUUUUUCUUUGCUCUGAAGCUGCGGCCACAUCCCCCCCCCCCGCUCAGCAACACUGCCCUGCACACACGCCUGAAUGCUGAUCACAGAGUGUUGGACUGUGUGAGAGUGAACGUGAUGGUGAAACCCGCUAGAAUAAUAACUUGGUGUGUCCGUGUUUCUCUGCAGAAGUGAACAGGGGAAUAUCUGCAGCACUGAGGGUGUCAUGUGACCGUACCUUUACCUGUCAUUGGUUCAUUGGCUUCAUGUUUAAUAACCUCCCAUUUAAAAAGAAAAAAAGAAGAAGCGGCCAAAGAUGAACAAGGUUCAAGUUUAAACACAGGGUGUGGAGCUGAGAGGAGUCUUCUAUGCAAAAAGAAAUUUUCACCAAACUUCCAAAAAUCAGAGCAGAGAGGUUGGACGUUAAAUAUCCACAGAAAUAAAAAAUGAAGACUCUUCUCUUUGGUUGUCACGCUGCCGAGCGGCUGCAGACGUCUUUGCAAGCAUCUCGUCACAGUUUAAAGCUCCAACACGUUGCUUCACUUUGAGCUCAUGAGCAGCUUUUCUUCAUCAUUUUGGACUUUAUUGUUUACAUUUAUACUCGUCACAUAAAUAAGCUAACGCAGGAACACGUAGCAGACUACACCGUGCGGCCAAAAGUAUGUGGACAGCCCUGUAGUGCACAUUCCCUCGGGUGCUCGUGACUCACAGGGUGUGUCCAAAUUCUUUGGGGGGGGGGGGUGUUUUGCAGCAGGAUAAAAGAGUCUUUGUCUUCGUUAAUGCACUUAGUGUAGGUUUUAUUAAACUCAAUUUUCAUACUCUAUUUUUAUUCUUGGUUUCUGCCAACGACUAACAACACUUUGAAACACUCAGUUUUUAAAAUAUCUGUUUUCUACGAGGACGGUCAGCUUGCUCUUUGUCAGCGUUUGACUUUUUCGAUGUAAUGAACGAGACAUUUUGAGAGUUCUUGGGAGGCAGAAACGUGUUUUUGAUUCUGCACGUGGUUAAGAAACGCGUGCAUGCGUUUUGUUUUUGCACUGAUUUUUUAUUUUUAUUUUUUAUUCUCGAGGGAAACAGCAGCUUAAAUCCACGAUUCAUUAAACCCAGAUAUCCAAACGAGACGGCGGAAGAGGCUGAGCGGAAAUCAGCUGUGGGUGGUUGAUGAGGAUACCUCCUGAAGUUGUGAUGCUUAUAAAGACCUCUGCAGCUGUUCUCCCAGCAUCCUUUGUGCACAACGAUCCCUUUUUGGGAAAUGCGCUCGCUCUUCUUCUUGCUGAGGGUUAGAUGUUGUCUCGGGUUAGCUUAGCUUAGCAUAAAGACUGGAACCAGGGGGAAACAGCUAGCCCAGCUUUGUUAAAACAAACCGUGCUGCACUACAGACUUUAUGCUAAGCUAAGCUGCGAGCAGUAGCUACAUAUGUAGUACACACAGGCGUAUUUCCCAAAAUGUUGAACUGUUCCUUUAAAGACUGAAAGCUAGUUUACAUUUUUGUUGCCAACAAAAUGUUUUCCAUCUCCACGUUGCUGUAGGAACGACGUGGUGUUUCGUCAGGCCUUAAAAUCGGUUUAUUUUACAGUGAGGAUCAGUUUGUUUGAUGUUUUACUGUUUUUACCUCAAACUCCUUUAAUUUUAACUUGUUUGACCCUAAAAAUCUUUUAUUUUGACCUUUUUUUUGUUGUUGUUUUGUGUUUUUUUUUUUUUUGACGAGUCUCAAAAUGUGAAGCGCGGUCUUUUUGUUUUUCGGCUCUCUUUGAGGUUUUAUUUUUAGCCGUUGAGGUGAACAAAUGUGAGAAUCAGCACUUUGAUUGAGGUAAAAAACUAAAUAAAGAGGGAAUGUUAGCGUAGCAUGCUCAUAUUAGCUGCACCUGAAUCAUCAUCAUCGUCAUCAGCCGGAGAGGAAAGCGGUCGCUCGCUCGGACGAAUCAAAAGGAAGGAAAGUUCGCUCGGAUGACACUGCUGUAACAGAUAUGAAGUUUUUCUUUGCUGUACUAAUGACAUGAAUUGUAAUCCAGUUGUAUAAUAGUAUAUAUUGUAGUAUAUUUGGACCUGUACAUAAACGACAGAAACACAGAUUCACUUCUCUUUUUUUUUGUUUGUUAACUUCUCUCUGGUUUGCUAAUAAAAUGUUGAUGAUACACGGCUUCGACAUCGCUGUUUGCAUGUGUGAUGACUUUUCAACCCUGACAAUAAAAUCACUUCCUUCA